AAUAAAUAAAUAUGCCGUAAAUAAAAUUUGUUUGGUUACAAUCCGUCGAUAAAUAAAUUUAUGAAGCAAUCAAUAGAAAAAAAAACAAUAGAAUGAAUGCUGUGUAAUAAAUUGUCAAUAAAAAAAUAAAUACAGGAUGAAAAAAAAAUAAAUUUUAUUUUCACCUUUCUGCCUUCGGAGUUAUAUUGUCCGAUCAAUAGGAAGCGUUUAGUUGUUUAACUUCCCCAGUUGCAAUGCCACCUUGGUAACCCGGUGUCCCUUCGCCCCUCGUCCCUCACAACACCGUGACCGUAAUAAACCCAGGGCUCGUGUUGCGUGCACACUAAAAAUCCAGGUUGAGUCGCCGGAACAACCAACAAAAUCUACCAGCAUCCCAACGAUCAAUAAGCCUAUAAAUAUUGUCAGUCAGGAUGCUGAACCGUCAGUAUCUGGACUUGAGAUGCAGCUCAAAUGACCCAGGGAGGGUCCGUGAUGAACGAUCUCGUAUUGACGAACGUCCGACGGCUGAAAAUUUAACCCAUAGUCCGAAAAUAGAACCUUGUGGCAUGGAAAACUUUAAUUACAAGCCGGAAAAAGGAGAUUGUCCAACAGUUAAUGCAUUAAGAGAACGUAUAGCAGAGGAUGGAAAACCUCCGGCAUAUUUUCCUCAACCCGACGACAAUAUUCCAGCAAUCGAUGAAGGGCCGAUGGGUCCAGUGGGUCCUUGGGCAACUGGUCGGCCUGUUUUUUCUCCCGGGUCUGGAAUGACCGGCUUGAGGCCGGUUGUUGAUCGUUACUCUAUGACUCGGUACACUCCCGCUCAGUGGCGAAGUCAUAAUCAAACUUUUUUUGACCAAUCAAGUCGAAUGAUUAAUAACGCCAGGACAUUGGCGAAGGAUGUACGAGAACACAACAAAAUAAUUUAUAGAGAAACAGACAAAAAUCAGCUGGAGAAUAGAGACAGAUUGAGUGGACGUGCUGGAGAAAUUCAUCACUGGAAAACGGAACUCGAGCGUGCACUUAUUGAACUCACUGAUGAAAUUGAAUUACUUGAAACUGAGCAUCGACGUGUUAAGCAAUCGCUCUCGGUGUUGACUAUUCCUGAGUCAAUUGCUGGUGAAUUUUUGCAAAUACGGUCAACAAGAAUGGAGCCUGAUCUUGUACGUGAUAAAGUUGAAGAUGAACUUGUAAAGGAGAUAGCAUUGUGCGCUGUCGUAAGAGAUGUACUCAAUAAAACCCGCGAAUCAAUAGAAGAUGAAUUAUUGGAAUUAAAAGCUGUUAAAACACGCCUUGAAUUUGAUUUAACCGAUAAAGUUGAUGCUUAUGCUAAUGAUUCAACGUGUGUUGGAUUUACUAAUGAUUCUCCGUUAAUUAUGAUGAAGCCUGGAGCUACGAGAGUUCCACCUGAACAAUCAUCGCCAGAAGGAUAUGAUAAUUUUACGAAAGAAAAUUUGAUAACUUGUGAAAAUAUUCGACAAAAAUCAAUAUCUCUGAGGGCAACUUUAAAUGAUACUUAUUUACGGGUUGUCAGGGAUUUGCGACAACAAGCGACUCAAGUUGACUUGGCACUGACGGAUAAUGUCAAUGUCACUGAACAAGUUUGCCAGGCGUUGGAAAAAGAAUUAGUUAAUUGUCUGAAUCAAUUAUCAGAUACCGAAAAAUUAAUUGAAGAAUUGCGAGGAGCAGAUAGAGGUUUGAAAGAUGCUAUGGAAGUGGCACAAACACGAUUGAGUGUUCGGCUCGAACGUAGAAAUGUUGAAAAUUGCCGUGACAUUCCACAAUAUGGAUUAAUUGAAGAAGUGAAAACUAUUGGAGAAAAUUUAACGUCAAUGGCAGAUCAAUUGCGACAAGCGGAGGAAAUACAGGCGGGUCUAGUAAAAUCCCGCGGUGACUUGGAACGUGAAAUAAUGGUAAAGAGAAAAACUCUUUACAUAGAUAGAGAUCGUGGACAAUUGUUACGUUCAUUCUACCCCUCAGCAGAAGCAUUGUCUGGCCACGUAUAAAAUCCUACUACGUCCCCAUUCCCAAGCUACAUAUCACGGCUCGACUGAUAUCAAUGAAUUUUUAAUCCUUUUAGAAUUACAUUUUUACAUUGUUCAUUUUAUCUUGUACUUUAUAUCUGUCUUAUUUCAUUUUUUAUCAC